AUGGCAGCGGGCAUUCCAUCCCGGGAUACAUUCCGAAGCACACGGGUGCCAUCCCGAACCUCAAGACAGCCAUACUUAUACGCGAUCAUCUGGAGCUUAACCCGUUCCUAUAACACAUUCUCCGCAUUCUCAGAUACAUAUCCCAAAACUGAAAUGGUUGAAAAAGUCGACGUCCUCAUCUGCGGCAGCGGAUCCGCCGGUCUCUGCGCCGCCACCUGGCUUGCGCGCCAUGGCAUUAGCUGCAAGAUCCUCGAGCGCCGCGACGGUCCCCUGGUCCUCGGACAGGCAGAUGGCGUGCAGUGUCGGACGGUGGAGAUUUUUGAGAGCUUCGGGAUCGGCGAGGAACUCCUGCGCGAGGCGUACCAUGUCUUAGAGGUCGCCUUUUGGGCAGAGGACGCCCCGGGCGCUGGCGCCAUUAAACGCACCGGAAGAACAGCGGAUACUCAGCCUGGGUUGUCGCAUCAGCCGCAUCUGAUCCUGAAUCAGGCGCGCAUCAAUGGGCUGCUGAUUGAGGCGAUGCGCCGGUUCAACAAUCAGGAAAUCGACUACGGCUAUGAUGUCAAGCAUCUCGAGGUCGAUAGCCAGCUGGCCAAGGACCCGUCUGCGUACCCCGUCAAGGUGAUUACCAAGAAGGAUGGGAAGCUUGUGGAGUUUGAAGCCAAGUAUGCGCUGGCCUGUGACGGCGCGCACAGUAUGGUCCGGCGUGCCCUGGACUUCAACAUGCUGGGCGACAGUACGGAUGCCGUCUGGGGCGUGAUGGACAUGGUGCCUCGCACGGAUUUCCCGGACAUUCGGAAGAAAUCGACCAUCCGCUCCAAGGCAGGAAAUCUACUGAUCAUUCCUCGGGAAGGUGACGCCUAUAACCUCGUCCGAUUCUAUAUCGAACUUCCAAGAGGAACGAAACCCCGUGAGGUCAAACUGGAGGAUCUGCAGAACACAGCCCGACGCAUUCUCGGACAGUACAAGAUCGAGUUCGCCGAGACUGUCUGGUGGUCUGCGUACUCGAUUGGGCAGCGUCAUGCCGACAACUUCCACAAAGACUACCGCGUGUUCCUGGCCGGCGACGCGUGCCAUACGCAUUCCCCCAAAGCAGGCCAGGGAAUGAACGUGAGUCUGCAGGAUGGAUACAAUAUUGGCUGGAAGCUGGCUUCCGUCCUUAAGGGCCUGUCGCCGCCAUCUCUGCUGGAAACGUAUGUGUUAGAACGCCGAAAGACGGCCAUCGACCUUAUCAACUUCGACCGCUAUUUCUCGAAGCUCUUCUCUUCGACCGGCAAGAUCUCCCCCGAGGAGUUCCAGAAGGGCUUUGUCCAGUCUGGGAAAUAUACCGCGGGCUUCACGGCGAAAUACGACCAGUCCGUCAUUACGUCGGGACUGGAUGAGACGGCACAGCUCGCGAAGAAUGCCGUGGUGGGUAUGAGACUGCCAAGCUCGCAGGUCGUGCGCUACUGCGACUCUAAACCGGUGCAACUCAUGACUUCUCUCAAGUCGGAUGGCCGCUGGCGAGUGAUGACUUUUGUGGGCGAUCUCCAGCUGGCGCAGAACCGGAGGAACUUGGCAGCGGUGAGUAUCGGAUGGGUGCAGUUCCUGGGUUGUUAG